CUGAAUAAGUCCGUUGGAGUCUAAUGUGCGGAAUCCCUAUAGCCUUUUGUUCAAAUUCACACACUAAAUUCUUUGUUGGGAUUAAAUCUCUUGUAAACAGAGGGUUUACCUUAAAAUCUUCAAUCUUGUGAAAUUGAGAAUUUGUAGCAUGCAAAUUGGUUCAAGAACGAGAACAAUUAUAAAUUGCAGGAAUAAAGGAAAUCUAUCCCUGCUCCUUUUUUCUUUAGGGCCAUUUUAUCAAAGUAUUGGGUUUUCCAGAAAUUCAUGUCUCACUCCAGUUAAGGUUAAAUAUGUUGGUACUCGAGUAUGGCCGCUCUUUGCUAUUCUAGGGAGUUUCAGGGUUGUAACUAAGAGCUAUAAUUGUUAUCCCGAAACGACAAACGAUCUCCUGAAUCACAUUCUUUACUCCGUUGAAAAUAAUGCUCUCUCCAAUAAGGAAAUACGUGUUGAAAUCGAAAGGUUGUGUAAAUCUGCAAGUGUUUCUACAAUUGCUAACCUUCGGAAUCUUUUACAUAGUAGACAUAUUUUUCUUGAUUAUGAGGCUUAUAAUAUCCUUUUGGCUGCAGCAAGUGAAAGGAAUGACCUUGAACUUUCACUUGAUAUAUUUAAAGAUAUACUUGUUUCUUCUAAAGGCAUGAGUUCAAAAUCUUAUUUCCAUCUUGCUAAGGCUUUUGUGAACUCUGAUGAUCAUUCCAAGUUACUCAACUUUGUUAGAGAAAUUUAUCAGUUAUCGCAUUGUGGAGUUCUUGUUUUGAAUAGAAUGAUCUUCGCCUUUGGUGAGUGUAGGCAAAUCGAAAAGGCCUUAAUGAUUUUUGAUCAUAUGAAGGUUAUAGAGUGCGAGCCGGAUUUGGUCACUUAUAAUACAGUUCUUGGGUUGUUAGGGCGAGCUGGUCGGGUAGAUGACAUGCUACAGGAGUUUGAUUCCAUGAAAAAUGCUAAAAUAAGUCCAGAUAUUGUUACCUAUAAUACCCUCUUAAACAAUUUACAAAAAAUGGGUAGAUUAGAUCUUUGUUUAGUGUACAUGAGGGAAAUGAAUGAAAAUCAACUCACCCCAGAUUUGAGAACUUACACUGCAUUGAUUGAGAGCUUUGGUCGAUCAGGUAAUGUCGAGGAAGCUUUAGGACUUUUCAGUGCUAUGAAAAACGAGCAAGUACGGCCUUCAAUCUAUAUAUACAGGUCACUUAUCAACAAUUUAAAGAAAAUGGGGAAGUUGGAGGCUGCAUCUUUGCUUGUGAAUGAGAUGAAUAAUUCUCUUCCGAAUCUUGUAGGUCCGAAGGAUUUCAAAAGAAAAAAUAGAUGAACUCAGAAACUUGACUAGUUAUGGACUCAUGUUGACUGGUUCUGAUCGUCUGAUGUCAUAAAUAUGGUACAAGAACAAGUCUUAUUUCAAUAUAUGAUCUAUUUAUGUUGUAUAUUUCAUUGGAUAUAUAUUUAAUGCUGCCAUAUAGAGUUUGUUGCUACUGAGAGUGCUACAAGGUCUGUGAGUGAAUUCAUCUCUAAGAUUGUUUUUCGUUUUAAUAUGUUCGGUUACCUGUUGUAACAAAGUAUGCAAAAAUAAAUAAAGAACUUAAGAGGUCUCUAACAAUGGUGAAUGAUGGUUUAUUUUUUCUUCUAAAUUUAAUGUUAUGAAAUGCUUGUGCUUCUUUGAGUACAGAUAA